AUGUGUAGUCUGCAAAGAUUAGAGGGAAAAGCCUAUGGCGCACCACGCAGUGCAGCGUUGCCAGAAGUUGAAGUCAAGGAAGCACAACCGUUUUGGAACGUAGGCAUGGAUUUCGCUGGGCCACUGUACGUUAAGGCGCCAACUGGAGGGAUGAAGAAAGUGUACAUCACGCUAUUCUCUUGUUGCGUGACAAGAGUAUUACAUUUAGAACUUGUUGAGGACUUGUCGGCGGAAACUUUCAUUCAAACUCUAAGGCGAUUUACAGCUCGGCGAGGCACGCCUGUCCUUAUUGUGUCUGACAACAUGAAGACUUUCAAAGCAUCAAAAAAAGUGCUUAAGAAACUGUACGACCACCCCGAAGUGACGAGAGAGCUUUCAGUUAAGAAAACAGAGUGGAAGUUUACCUUGGAGAGAGCUCCUUGGGGAGGGUUUUUUGAGCGGAUGGUGGAAUGUGCGAAACGUUGUUUGCGUAAGGUGUUAGGUACUGCACGAUUGACCUUCAACGAACUGUUCACUGUGUUGAUCGAAGUGGAAGGAACUUUGAACUUUCGAGCACUAACCUAUGACUACCAAAAGGAAGGGUAG